AUGUCCUGUACUUUUGAACUCGUAGAAGAGCUCUUCCUGGACAGGUUUAGAAAGAAGGUGGCAGCAGUAAAAAUUCGAAAAAUAUUGACAAAGGUGGACAAUGUUGAUAGUGCUUUAAGACAAGGAUUUGCAUUUCGGAGAAAACAAAAGAUCCAAAGGCAGUACAGGAGAUUACUGAAAAAGAGAAGAAAUGUCCAUUCACAACAGGAUGAUCAGUUUACCGAUACGUAUCCAGAGCACUUGAAACAUCUUUACCUAGCUGAGGAAGAAAUGCUUAAGAAAUGGCGCAGGGCUCCAGAUGAUUCGGUUUCAUCAGAAGAAAAGCUUAAUAAUGCAGUAGAGCCAGUUGUGACUGAAAGGAAGUUUAAGAAGAAAACGUCCAAUCAGAAGGCAAAAGAAGAGUAUGAGAAAAUAAAGGCUGAGCGUGCUAGAAAGAAAGAGGAAGCAGAAAAAAGAAAACAAGAAAGAGAAGCGGCUCAACAGUUGUACAAACAAAAGAAAAUGGAAGCUUAUAAAAUAUUGAGUAAGAAGACAAAAAGAGGACAGCCAAAUCUAAACUUACAAGUGGAGUUUCUUCUUCAGAAAAUACAGAAAAAUUCAUAA